AUGGAGAGAGUGACUCCAUCUUCUAAUAAAGCUUCCUUUCUUUUAAGUACAACUUUGGUUCUUCAUUUGCUGCUUCAAGCUUCUUCCAAUGAAGAAAGUGAUAUGCUUAUUGCAUUCAAGAGCAACUUAAAUGAUCCUAACAAUGCUCUUGAAAGUUGGGAUUCUACCCUUCUCAAUCCCUGCACAUGGUUUCAUGUUACAUGCAGCGGUGAUAGAGUAAUCCGUGUCGAUCUUGGAAAUGCAAACCUUUCUGGAAUACUGGUUUCAAGCCUAGGGGGUCUCUCAAAUUUGCAGUACUUGGGACUUUAUAAUAAUAAUAUAACAGGAACAAUCCCAGAAGAGCUAGGAAAUUUAACAAACUUGGGAAGCUUGGAUCUUUACUUGAACAAUUUAACCGGUACCAUACCAAAUACAUUCGGCAAGCUUCAAAAACUAAGUUUCCUGCGUCUCAACAAUAACAGCUUGACUGGAGUCAUUCCCAUUUCUUUGACAAAUGUUACUACGCUGCAAGUUCUUGAUGUCUCAAACAAUAAUCUAGAAGGGGAUUUCCCGGUGAAUGGUUCAUUUUCAAUAUUUACCCCUAUCAGUUAUCAUAAUAAUCCUCGCAUGAAACAACAAAAAAUCAUUACAGUGCCACUUUCUCCAUCAUCACCAGCUUCUUCAGGUAGCAUUAAUACCGGAGCUAUUGCUGGAGGAGUUGCUGCUGCUGCUGCUCUGUUGUUUGCUGCCCCUGCAAUUGCAAUUGCUUAUUGGCAAAAAAGAAAACAACAGGAUCAUUUCUUUGACGUUCCUGCUGAGGAGGAUCCUGAAGUUCACCUUGGUCAGCUUAAAAGGUUUUCGCUACGUGAGCUGCUAGUAGCAACAGAUAACUUCAGCAACGAAAACAUUAUAGGUAAAGGCGGAUUCGCAAAGGUUUAUAAAGGACGCUUAGCUGAUGGCACUCUUGUAGCAGUAAAAAGACUCAGAGAGGAACGCACACGUGGUGGGGAACAGGGUGGGGAGCUGCAAUUUCAGACAGAAGUUGAAAUGAUCGGCAUGGCUGUGCAUCGUAAUUUGCUUUGUCUUCGUGGUUUUUGUGUGACAUCUACUGAACGUUUGCUUGUGUAUCCUUUAAUGGCUAAUGGAAGUUUAGCGUCGUGCUUACAAGAACGUAAUGCCUCUCAACCGCCACUUGAUUGGCCAAUGAGGAAGAAUAUUGGGCUGGGAGCUGCCAAGGGGCUGGCUUACUUGCAUGAUCAUUGUGAUCCUAAGGUUAUUCAUCGUGAUGUGAAAGCAGCGAAUAUAUUGUUGGAUGAGGAAUUUGAAGCAGUUGUUGGAGAUUUCGGUUUAGCAAAGCUUAUGGCUUACAAAGAUACCCAUGUCACUACUGCUGUUCAAGGUACACUUGGGUAUAUAGCACCCGAGUACCUGUCAACAGGAAAGUCUUCAGAAAAGACUGAUGUUUAUGGAUAUGGUAUGAUGCUUUUUGAACUAAUAACUGGACAGAGUGCUUAUGUUCUACGAGGUCUUGCCAAAGAUGAUGAUGAUGCGAUGUUGCAAGAUUGGGUUAAAGGACUUCUCAUAGACAAGAAGUUGGAAACACUGGUGGAUGCAAAAUUAAAGGGAAAUAAUGAUGAGGUAGAGAAGUUAAUCCAAGAGGUAGAGAAGUUAAUCCAAGUGGCUUUACUAUGCACACAAUUUUCACCUAUGGAAAGACCAAAAAUGUCUGAGGUGGUGAGAAUGCUUGAAGGCGAUGGUUUGGCUGAAAAAUGGGAGCAAUGGCAGAAAGAGGAGACGUACCGACAAGAUUUUAACAAAAACCACAUGCAUCACCUUAAUGCAAAUUGGAUAGUAGAUUCAACUUCACAUACCCAAGUAGAUUCAACUUCACAUAUCCAAGUAGAUUCAACUUCACAUAUCGAGCCAGAUGAACUAUCAGGUCCUAGAUGAUCCGUUUGAAGAUUCUGUCACAUCCACUAGUGAAUACACAAUCCUUCUUCCUCUGCCUGAAAGAGAUAAACUUUCAUGAUUUGUGCAGAUGCUUUUCACCAUCUCUUCUACUUAAUCUUUUCUUUUUAAUCUUCUUGAAAUUAUCAUGUAUGUUCAGGUUACAUGUCCAUUGAUCAGGUUAUGAUUUUUUAAGACAGAAGUUUGCAAGUUUUAUUGCGUAGGGAACAAGCAACCAACACUUUUGUCAUUGUGUGUAUGAGAGAAACUAGUAUAGAACUUUUAUGGAAA